CCCAAAUUACCCUCCAAUUUCCCAAAUUGUGCAUCCUACAUCUCCCGAGGAUAUUUUUGCUGCUUCCAUCGAUUCGGGUUUAUCCAUCGAACCUCUUCGUUUACUCCCCCCGUUUCUGCAGAGAAGCCUUCUUCGCCAUACUCGCUUCCACUGACAUACUACAAAUUUCAGCUUCUUCCGCUCGUCGACCGCAUAAAUCUUGCCUUCCUUUGUCAUCAUGAUCGUAAUUGUUCAGUAAUUUCCAGGUGCGCACCCAGUUGAACGACAUCGAUCUGUUUUCGGCUCAUAUUGGAAGGUUUUUAGUAAAAUUUUGCACUCUGGGUUUCGUAAUUGUUCUCCUCAAAUCGGUAAUUUGAAUUAGGGUUUUCACUUUUUUCAAAACUUUUAUCGUUUUGGAGAUUCUGGGCGAUUAGGGCAGUUCGCCAUUGGAAUAGGGAUGAAGGGGCAGUCUAAUCGCCUUCAGAGUAUGGACCCUCCAGACGAUUGGGUCAAUGGUUCGUGGACGGUGGAUUGCAUCUGUGGCGUCAAUUUUGAUGAUGGGGAAGAAAUGGUUAACUGCGAUGAAUGUGGCGUCUGGGUGCACACAAGGUGUUCGCGCUACGUGAAGGGGGAUGAUAUUUUUGUUUGCGACAAGUGUAAGGGCAAGAACGAGAGGAACGAUUGUGAGGAGACUGAGGUUGCCCAGUUGCUGGUUGAACUUCCUACCAAAACCAUGAGUAUGGAGAGUACAUAUGUGUGUAACGGGCCACCCCAGCGCCCGUUUAGGCUUUGGACCGACAUACCGAUCGAGGAAAGGGUUCAUGUUCAUGGCAUUCCAGGUGGUGACCCUGCUUUGUUUACGGAGUUGUCAUCGUUAUUGACUCCGAAGUUGUGGAAUUGCACUGGGUAUGUUCCGAAGAAAUUUAGCUUUCAGUACCGGGAGUUCCCCUGUUGGGAUGAGGACCAGAGUAAUACUGUAGAUAAUGAAAAAAACGAGAAUCCUGCUGAUAAAGGUGCUGGUGUUCUUUUCUCUUUGUCUAAGGACAAUGUAUUGGCUACCCCUGUGGCAGCUUUGAUUGGUAUGAGAAGCAAAGUUGGGGAUGACAGAAAUGAGUUUUUGAAUGAAAAGCAGGGUGCAAGUGAAGAUUUGAAUAGGUGUGCUGAAAAUGGCGUGAGGGAGAGAAGCUUUCUAAGACCUCUCAUACUACAUUCUGGUAAGUGUAAAAAAGAAGAUUAUUUGGUAUCGAAAGAUCAAUCUGGGAAGAUGAAGUCUACACCCUCUGAUAAGGUGACCAACAUUAAGAAGAGAAUUGAUCAUGCCUCUAAAAUAGUGUUUACAUCGAUGAAUGAUGAAAAACAAUCGACAUUUUAUCAAGACAGAGAUUUGAAGUACUUCAAGGCUGAUAGUGAAAAUCCUAGGAACAAGAAUUCAAGGGAAAUGGUGGUUCGAGAAUCUUCAUCAGAUGCCCACGAUGUAGCAAAUAAAAAUCACGAGAAUCCUAAACACAGUUCUGAGCUCUCUCCUGAUAUCUUUUCUUCUGCGAUAUCUAAAAACAAUAGUGUCAAUGCAGUUCAACCGAAGGAAGAAAAUGGAGUUCAAGUUGCUCUAGCAGUUGAGAAUUCCACCAAAAUUGAGGGUGAUGCACCAUCCCUAUUUGCUAAGAAAGAUGUUGGAAAUGUCAUGAAACAGGGAGGUGGUAAAGCUCUUGAAAAUUCAGACGAGGGUGUUGCAGGAUUUUCUAGGAAUGUUGUGAAGCCUUCUUUUGAAGCUAUAACUCUCACUGGACAUGAAAUCAAGGAUGAUCAGAUUCAAGAUGUUAAUUGUGGCAAUUCGAUAGAUUCAUUGCAUACAGAUGUCAAAUUGAAAAUGGAUAAGCAACAUGAUGUGUCUGGAGGAGCUUUGAACUUCCAGUCUUCUUCACAUGUAGAUGCUGUAGAGCUGCAGAAAUGUAAUGAUCGCAUGGCUGGAAGUUUUAAGGUUAUUUCUGGUGCAGAAUGCAGUUCGCAAUUGGGUGGCCAUGUGGCAGAAGAACACAACAGAAGUUCUGAAGCUGCUAGCAAUUAUCGCCUUGAAAAGGCUGAUGAACUAUGUAGUAAUCCAUGUGAGUUUAAACAGGAAUGGGACUGGCCUGAAGGUAGCACAGCAAUGCAUAUAAAUUCUUUGAAACCCCAAAAUGGCUCUGAAUUUGCUGCUGAAAAGCCAUCAAAGUCAGGUGGAAUGGUUUUACACCAUCAUGUAUUACCUGAUCAACACAAAACAGUGGUAUGUGCUGGAAAAUCUUCCCCUGCAUCGUCAAAUGUUAUAGUUUCCAAAGCAUCUAUAUCCAAUGACUUAACACCUACAGAUCCUGAAAACCUAGAAGGUACAGCCGCCAAACAUGAGGCAGUCUCUGGAAGUUGUGGUGGCAGUAGGAAAGAAUGUUCUUCAAAAGAUGUUGACAGAGAUGAAGAAAGGGAUAAACUGACUCGGAGAAGAGUUAAAGAGCAUCCAAACGAGUGCUCAAAUGCUGCUACCAAUUCAUCAUACUCUGUCAGAGACUUGCAAGAUCCCGUUUCAAAAAAAACCGCUUUGCAUAUAAAAGAUUCUGUUGUACUCUCAACUGUUAAAACAUCUUUGGUACAUAAUGUACCAGAUAGUUCAGGUGACAGUGAGUCCAUUGAGUCACAUCUCAAUCAUAAGGGUUUGAAUGCACAAAACAAGAUUUCAGGCUCAUCUUUGCCUCAAAGAGGUGACAAGCCUAACCAGACGAACUUUCAUCCUCCAUCUAAGGUUAAUCAGCGUCACGCAACAACCAUGUAUCCUCCAACAACUACAAAUCCAGCAGCUGCGCUGAGUGAUGAAGAGCUUGCCUUCCUUUUACAUCAAGAACUCAAUAGUUCACCUAGAGUACCUCGUGUACCCCGAUUGCGUCACACAGGCAGCUCACCACAGUUGGGUUCGCCAAAUGCCACGAGCAUGCUAAUAAAGCGUACUUCUUCUUCUAGGGGAAGAGACCAUGCUUCGGCUUCUAGAAUGAAAAACAAGGACACCUCAAGAGAUGCAUUUCGCAGUUCCCGCGAGCCCGAUGAUGAAGUUAAAAGAACUGAUGAAGUUCUGUCUUCUCCUGAUCAGAGAAGGCAAGAGACAAGUAAUUCUGCUGAUGCAUCUAAGAGGGAAGAAAAUGGAUCUCCAACAAGAUUGAAUGCUCUUAAGAAAAAUGUAUUUUCAACUUAUGCUACAAAUACUGCAAGCAGUGGCCCAUCUUCAUCAAUGGAAGCAAAUGAUCAUAAUAAUUCAUCUAUACGGAAUUCGCCAAGAAACACGUCUGAUGAUGACACAGGCAUGGUUGGAGAAGGUCCUGUUCAUCACACUUUACCUGGCUUGAUUAAUGAGAUUAUGAGCAAAGGAAGGCGCAUGACUUAUGAAGAACUAUGUAAUGCCGUAUUGCCACACUGGCAUAACUUGAGGAAGCACAAUGGAGAGCGCUAUGCUUAUUCAAGUCAUUCACAAGCUGUUCUUGAUUGUCUAAGAAACCGACAUGAGUGGGCUCGAUUGGUUGACCGUGGUCCAAAGACAAAUUCAAGUAGGAAAAGGCGUAAAUUUGACGUUGAAGAAUCUGAGGAUAGUGAAUACGGUAAAGGGAGAACGGUGAAGGUUAUAGAAGGUAAAGGCCUUGAGUCCCAGAAAGAAGAGUUUCCAAAGCGCAAGAGGAACACUCGAAAAAGAAGAUUGUCUCUUCAAGGAAAAGGUAUAAAGGAUAUUAGGAAGCGACGUAAGGCAGACAUGUUUACUGACGAUGACGUUGGUCUGCUUUCUGAUUCAAGUGAUGGAAGCAUGUUCAGUGAGGAUGAGCUGCAGGAUGUUGAUGAAUGUCCACAAAGAAGAGAAGCCUCUGGCUCAGAUGAGUAGUUUGGAUGGCAUUUUGUUAGUUGUGUUCUCUAUGUUGUGGAUGGAAUUUACUGUAUUCCAGUUACAACAUUGCCAUAUUCAAGGAAUCUGGGGCAGCCUUUGUUGCAUAGCUUCUGUAGUGUAACUUUUACUCUUCAUCAGGCUGCUUCAUUUUUUUCCUUUUGUAAGUGGAAAUUUGUGAAUAUUGUUGCAACUUUUGCAUGUAUGUAUUAAUUUUAUCGAAGAAUCAACAGCGCGAUACUUCUGGAUCUUUAUUCAUUCAAAAUCGAAUACUUGUAAUCGCAUCCAAAAGAAUGUUUCUGAUC